AACCGCCCAGAGCUUUUCUUCGAGAGCAGAGCCCUCUGCCGUCAUCGCUGAUGCGCAUUCUGCUUCUUCUUUUCAGUGCAAAGUCACCGGUCGACGUCCGUCAUGUCGACUCGAGUCAGCGGCAGCCGUCUGUCGCUGUGGGUGCCAGGCAUUCAGCUGCUCGACGACGCUGAGGCCCACGACCCCUUCAUCAUCCCGACGAACUACCGCCCUGCCUACAAGCGCACACCUCGGUAAGCAAAUGACAUCGCAUCGCAUGCAUUGCAUACUUGCACUAGUACACGCUGAAACGUCGUUGAAAUAUGUAUGCAUGCAUGUGUUGUUUGUCACAACGAUAGGCCUGAGGAGGUGCCGAUUCCCCCCAUUGUCCGCAAGGCCAUGGGGGAGAGCAUCCUGGCGAUAAUCAAGCCGGAGGAGGACGACACGCCCCGAGCCGCUGGCAGCCGCCUCCGCGGGAGGUUCCUCCGAGGUCAGCGCGAACUCUCAACUGACUGA